AUGGAUCAACACAAUAAUUUUACCGAUCAUCCUAAGGCUUCAACUGCUGCACAGAUUUCAAAAGAAGCUGGUCACAAUACAGAUCAUAGGAAGAAGUCGAGUUCUCAUUUGAAUCGCCAUCUAACCACGAUUACAGUGAAUGAUAAGGAUUAUAUGGUAAUAAAAGCUAUUGGUAGAGGAGGAACGAGCAAGGUAUAUUCAGCCAUUACUCCUUCCGGAAAAAUUUGUGCCAUCAAAGUAGUAGAUCUUACUGGAGCUGAUGAACUGAUUAGGACUUCGUAUUUUAAAGAAAUUACGCUGCUAGAAAAUCUAAGAGGAUGUGAGACAAUAGUACAACUUUACGAUUGGGAAGUACAAGACCUACGCGAUGAACUUAUCGUUGUCAUGGAACAUGGAUCAACCGAUCUAGCCGUAUUCUUAAAAAAAGAAGAUCCUAGAAAAAUGGCUGACUGGCAUCGGAUCAGUUUUUGGAAGCAAAUGCUUCUUGCUGUUGAUCUCAUUCAUAAAAAAGGCAUCAUACAUUGCGAUCUGAAACCAGCAAACUUUAUUAUUGUCGAAGGCAAACUGAAGCUCAUUGAUUUCAAUAUAGCAGAUGCUAUUCAGGAAGAUGAAACGAGCAUAAAAAGAGAAAUGACUGUUGGGUCAUUUAACUACAUGGCACCUGAAGCUAUUGUUGAUACUCGGCAAAAAGGUUUUCGGUACAAAGGCAAACCCUCAGCUAAGAUUGGUAGAAAAGCAGACGUCUGGUCACUUGGUUGUAUUUUAUACUAUAUGGUGUAUGGUAGAACUCCGUUUCAGUCUAUAAUGGACAAUGUGGAAAAACUAUGUAAAAUUAUCGAUCCACAUUACAAUAUAGACUUUCCUGAUGUGGCUAAUACAGUAUGGGUUGAUGUUAUAAAAAAAUGCCUGCAACGUGAUCCUAACGAAAGAGCUUCGAUUGAAGAAUUACUAAAUCUAGAUUUAUAUAAAGGUGAUCAGCGCGCUUAA